ACAAGGGAGGAUGUGUGGAUGUGUGGAAAUUUAUGUUGCAUUUGACUACAUGAGGAAAAUGCAAGGGGUUAAAGUGUAUUAUUGUUUCCUGAUUAUUCUCCAAAUUGUUGAUUCCUGGCCAAUUCAAGAAAGCAUGUAUAUAGCUCCACCUUUGAUGUGAAAACAAAUAUUGUCCACUCAAAAACGGCAUUCAGUUUUUAUAGUUUGAAAACAGUUUUGAAUGGGCAGAAAACACCAUCUAAAGCAUGUCAUGAGGAAAGAUGAAAGCUUCCCCGCCUUACAUUUUCAUUUUCAUUUUCAUUUUGUGUUUGAAACUUGAGAGCUUUUUGUCCUGAGAUUAUAACCAAAAUUAAUCAAGCAAAGAAAGAAGAAGAAUUGGAAAAUGGCAUUUAGUGGGACAAUACAGAAAUGUAAGGCAUGUGAUAAGACUGUUCAUUUCGUUGAAAUGAUUUCUGCUGAUGGAGUCCCUUUCCAUCGGUCCUGCUUUAGAUGCACCCAGUGCAAUGGGAAACUUGUGAUGAGUAGCUACUUUCAAUUGGAGGGAAAACUGUAUUGCAAGCCCCAUUUUGAUCAAAAGUUUAAGGAGAUGGGAGGCAUAUCCAGAGUACCAUCAAACAAAGCAAGUGAAAUGGGAAGGAGCCCAAGCAAAAUGUCAACGAUGUUCAGUGGGACCCAAGAUAAAUGUGCAGUUUGUCAUAAAACUGUUUAUCCACUAGAAAAGGUAACCGUGGAGGGAGAAUUUUAUCAUAAGCAGUGCUUCAAAUGUGUACAAGGAGGGUGCAAACUGACACCGUCAAAUUACGCAGCUUUAGAUGGGAAUUUAUUUUGCAGGGCCCACUUUUCUCAGCUAUUUAAAGAGAAAGGUAAUUAUGCUCACCUCUCCAACACAGCCUCCAUGAAGAAGAACUCCGAAGCUGCUGGAAAAACAGUCGACUCUGCGGGAGGAGAGGCAGAACCAGAAACAUCUGAAUAAACUAAAAUCGCAAUUUGCAUCCAAGAAAACCAAGGGAAAGGAUUUUGUUGUUUACAUUAAUUAGUUAAUUAACUUUUAAUCUCAGUUUUGAUUUUUAAUUAAUUUGAUGGCAACACCUUUUUUUUUUGUUUUGUUUUUUUGAAAAUAGAGAAUAUAUAAUAGUGUUUAGGAAUAAAAGGAUUAUCAUAUUUAUAUCAAAGAGUUCUAUUUCGAUA